CAACAUCUUAUCAGAAAUUGAAGAGUAUAUCAGAAGAGGGAAUCAAGCAAUUUUCAAAAGAAAAAUGUCUCUGGUCACAGAAGAGAGCAAAGCUAAUGCAGAGGUGUACCAUGGAGAUGAGAUAUGUCAAGAGAAAUCAAAGUUCUUGCUCAAGGAAAUAUGCAUGCCUAAUGGGUUGUUGCCCUUGAGAGACAUUGAGGAAUGUGGGUAUGUGAAGGAAACAGGGUUUGUGUGGCUCAAACAGAAGCAGAGCAUAACCCACAAGUUUGACAAGAUUGGGAAGCUUGUGAGUUAUGCACCUGAGGUCACGGCUGUGGUGGAGAAGAACAAGAUCAAGAAGCUCACUGGGGUCAAGACCAAGGAGCUCUUGCUUUGGAUCUCACUCAGUGAUAUCUAUGUUGAUGAUCCCCCAACUGGGAAAAUCACCUUCAAGACCCCUUCUGGCCUCUCCAGGUCUUUCCCGGCGUCGGCUUUUGAGGUUGAAGAGGAAGUCAAGGACGCCAAAGGGAACACCGAGGUGAAGAAAGUGAAUGGUGUUGUGGAAGUGAAGGAGGUCUGAGUUUUUCCUGUGGUCUUCAUGGGUCUUACAGCAUCUUGAUGUACUGUGUUUUACUAGUGUCUUUUUAAUAUGUUACUGGCAAUAAAAUUGUUUUCCAGUUUCAAAGAGCAUGUGCAAUAGGUAUUCAGAUACACCUAGAAAACCAAAUGCGUGAAUUCGAAGGAUUUUUGGGCAUCUUUUGUCUUGUGGUGCCCUUUUCUUCCACAUAGAUCUGCAUCAAUAAUUGAUGCCAUUUGUCAGGGAAGGCCAAUGUCAAACCUUAGCCCUCACCUUUUUCUUUCAUGUCUGAGAAGCAAAGAAUAUCUUGCUGUCAAACAUGUAUGAGGCCUCAAUAAAAGAAUAUAUUGCUA